GCUGCUCUGUGGGGAAGGCUGGCAGAGGGAGGCUGGAGCAGAUGUCAGAUCAGUGGGGUAAAGUUUGGGGGCAUUUAUGGGCAUCUUACAAUAUUUCAAAGAUGUGUGAUUAAAACCUUUUAUGUUUGAGCGGGAUUUUGAUUUGUGGAGUGAAGCGCACAUGUUUGCCCCGCAAUUAAAAGGCAGAGCUGCGUCAUACAGGCUUGUUGGAUUCUGCUUGUGGACAUGCUAUGGGUGGGGGAUGUGAAGUAUGGAUCUCUAUCAACAAGGGAGCAGUAGAGUCGCAGUAGUUGAACUUCCAGAGCGUCAUCUUAGUCGGUUCGAAUCCUAAAGCGCAAUGCCUCCGAGCUUGAAGCCUUUUUGUGAGAAGUUGGGAAUAGCAGAAAUAUGCGCUUCAUCCAAACCACUUCUGGAGAUGACUUUUCAGGUCUGUGGCACGGCCUCGCACCAAUCUGUUGGUAGCACGUUUGAACCAAAUCUGCCUGGCUCCGGCGCCGCUGCAGCUUGUGUUACAGAGUCACUAUAAAAUAUUCAUCCACGGAAAAUCUAUGAUUCCACAGGCGGUCAUUUGCCAUCAUGUGCCACGCAGGUUUCGGUCAGUGAGUCCAAACAUGUAAUCCAAACUGAAGUCCAGCAGGACCGCUGAUCCGUUUUACUUCAGGGACACUUUAAGGGAGGAAACCUUUACUUUUAUUCAUUCAAACCAAGAUGUCCAUUUCAACUCCUGCCUCUGAUACAGGAGGGCCGGCGAAAGGUGGAGGAGUCAGAGAGGAGCCCGCUAAAGCUGCCGAGCAGGAGGACAGGACUCGACCUCAGGUCCUGUCCGGGUCCGGGUUCUGCAAGUGGUUCAACGUCCGGAUGGGUUUUGGAUUUAUCUCAAUGACCAACAGUGAGGGGAGCCCAGUGGAGCCUCCUCUGGAUGUGUUCGUCCACCAAAGUAAACUGGUGAUGGAGGGUUUCCGGAGCUUGAAAGAGGGUGAGCAGGUGGAGUUCACCUAUAAGAAGUCUUCUAAGGGCCUGGAGUCGCUGCGGGUGACGGGGCCCGGCGGAGGACCCUGUGUGGGCAGCGAAAGGAGACCAAAAGGGAAAGUCCCACUCCAGAAACGUAAACCAAAGGGAGACCGCUGUUACAACUGUGGAGGUCUGGAUCACCAUGCCAAGGAGUGUGGGCUGCCCCCCCAGCCAAAGAAAUGCCACUACUGCCAGAGCAUCACGCACAUGAUGGCUCAGUGUCCACACAAGCCGCUGGCCCCCUCCGCCCUAGGCCCUCAGGACCCACAUGCGUCUACCUCGGCUUCCAGCCCAGGGCCCAGGCCCUACCUCAGCCUCCCAGAGGAGGAGGAGCGCUCUGGCUCGUCUCCCCAGGAGGGUUGCUCCUUUUCCCUCGAGGAGCCCCACAUACACCGCGGCUCCCGAACGCAGAGGAGGAAGAAAUCAUGAAUAUAGUCCACAGAGGUGACUCAAUCCAUACCUUACUUCUGACCCACUCAAUCAAGGUUACCUGAAGACCCCCAAAUCUACCUCACCUGUGAAGAAAAUGGGAGGUCUUUACUUCUUCUCUUUGAUUUUGUUGUUUUACUAACCAGCGCAGCUAUGGCAACGAUCAGCGGGAUUCAGACAUGUGUGAAUGUGUGCGACUAACUCGCAGUCAUCAAGUGCAGCUAUGGCAACCGUCGCUGGAAUGGUGACUGCAGGACAUAUCUGAUUCCUGUUUCAAAUUUUGCAGUUCGAGGAUGGAACAAUAUAGUGUGAGGCCAGCGUUGAUGACUGUUUUUUUUUCUUCCUUUUCUCCUCGUUCCCCAUUGAAUCAUGGUGAAAGCUUUUUUCUCUAAUGAUGUUGCAGAUUUAAAGCCACAAGUAUAAAUCCAUAGGUGCAAUCGUUCUGAAAAAUCACGAUUACAUCUUUUAGAUGCACAUUGAAGCUCAUUUUAACAAGGAUUAGAGGAGCUUGAGACCCUCCAAAUGAUAAUCCAUACCCAUCGGACUGUUAGCCUAGCUUCUAAAGAGCUUUGGGGACACUUAAUGAAUUCCAAAGGGAUCUUUUUAAAAAAAAAAAAAAGCCAGUGAGCUGCAUGAGAAAGAUCUGUUAUUUUGAAACACUCAAUAAUACUUCUUACAUGGAAAAAUUGGACAAACUGAUUGUCAAAGAGCACAAUUAAAAUGAAAAUAUAAUAAAGGAACUAGGAAUAAGAGUUAAAGCAAGUAAUCCCUCAUUUUUUAUCAUAGAUAAGACACAUCUCAUAAAAGAUGACAAAUAAUCCAUCUAGAUCAUAGUUAAUUAAUAAUAGUACUUAAUAUAUAUAUGUAAAGUUGCAAAAUAUAAAAUAAAAUUUAUGCCCUCUAAGUAAUAUAUCUAUGAAUAGAAAUAGGACUUAAGUGCAUAGCCUUGUUCAUGUGCAUGGGACGUCCUAUUAUGUAAAAACUUCUUCUAUUUAAAGUUUUUAUCCAAGACAAAUCCUUUUUUUUUCUUCCCAGAUAUUCAAUUCUUCUUAUUCAUUAAAAAAACCCUAAACAGUAUAAACAGCACCAUAGCUGCUUUUCUUACAUAAUACCUCCGGCUUUUCCUCUGUGUUUCCUCUCCACAUGUGUUUUAGACUAAACCAUACGUCUCCUCUUCUAUCUGUGCCUAGAGUUUGACAGUCAGCAGCAGCCGGCUUUCGCUCUGCCCGCUUUAGACUCACUGGAAAAAUGAGAAGGAUAAAAAAAAAUGAACGGAGAGGGGAGAAAUAAUAAAGAUUGAGUGCGUUGGUUUGAUAUAACUUGAAUCCCAAGCAUGGCUUUAGUGGCACUUAUUUGUGACCUAACACCUUUUUCUCUGACCAUACUGAAUGUGAAAAAAGCUUAUUUGAAGUAGACUCCUCUGGAAAUUGAGCUGCUUAUGAGAAGUUAUGAGAAAUCAUAAUCAGAUCUUUUUUUUCUUCUUAAACUUCAGUAGACAAGCAACUUUUUUGAUAUAUGGGUGUGUCGAAAAGUUUGUCUUGCAGACGAUAACUUGCUGAAGUGCUUGCUAUCCUUGCUCUUUCAGAAUAAGAGGCACUUAUUGCUGAAAGUACAAAAAUUGUCUUCUUUUUUUUUAACAGUCUUUCGAUUGUGUGCCUGCGUAAAAAAAUCAAAUCUCAACAAUGCAACAAUGCAGCAUGACAGAAAAAAUAAGUGAAUGACCAAACCACAGAGGGAGCACAACCCUUGCUCAAAUCUCUAUGGAAACAUCUUUUUUGUAUAAUGUAUUUUUUACAUUUUUACACACAAUUCCUCUCAGGAUGAUAAAAUGUUCUCAGGGAAUUAACCCCCAAAAAGUGUAUAUUAUUCUUUUGGGAAUCAUCCACUGACUCACUUAGCACACUCUGUUCAGCGAUGGUAUGCAUGUAACCGUGUUCAUGUACUGACACUAGCAACUACCUCUUGAGUUAUACAUAGUCAUGCAUUUCUGUUUGUGUAUUUUUUCUUUUUUUUCAUGGAUGAGCUGUGUUUUGAACUGCAGGUCUGCAUUACAUGUUGUGCGAGAUGUUCCCCAGUGUUGCCACAGACUUCCUGGUUUUCCUCACCAGAUCUAAGGAGUGUCUUUUUUCUGCUAAACUGUUUUUUUUUUUUUUUUUUUUUGGUUUACAGCAAAGCCUACCUCAUGUGCCCACUUCUUCCUCCAUAAAACUUUGUGCACCUCCCCACUGGUUCACAGAACCCCACUGGUUCUCAUGCAGCUGCUUCUUGGUGUCACACAGCAGUUCAGGCUAACCAGCAGCAUGCAACUUGUUACUCCAUCAUUUUUGACACUCAUCUAUCAUUGCUGUUUUAUUCAGGCUAAUCAGUAGUUAGCCUGAAAAGUAACAAUGUGUUAAGGUGGACAUUUUUUGCCCUUUCAUUGUCACACGUGUUUCUAAUUGUUGGUUAGGUUUUAACUACAUUUAUAACCACUCGAUUGUCUAAAUCGAAGAGGAAAAGUGCAUCUCUGUGUUUAUUUUAUUUUAUUUUUUCACCUUUUACCAAAUAGAUGCGGUCUUCUUUCUAGACUUUUCUGGAUCUUUUUACAGCUUAAGAUAAUCACAAGUUGUGUGACUCUUGGAUAACAAGCCUUCUCAGUGCACACAAACUUAUGUAGUGUAGAAAGUCAUAGUUAUUAGCACCUAUCAUGAAAAACAAGAAUGUUUUGUACAGUUGAUUAAAUAAUUUGUGUAAUUCUUAAAAACAUGUUUAUACAGAAUAGUAUUUACAUAGUACUUAAAACAGAAGAGGUUAAAGAAUAACUUGCAUUUGAUCACAGUAUUACAGUUCUAAGUGGACUGAGAGGAUUCCACUACAAACUAUUGAGUUAAAAACGGACAUAGAUUUUUUUUUUCAGCGUAUAAAUUGCUUUACUUUUUUAUUAAUGACUGAUUUUAUGGACUUCAGGGUUUAACACUACAAAACAAUUGAAUACAAACCCUAACAUUGUAUCAGAAAGUAUCACAGGAAGUUAGAACAAAUAUUUGCAUUUGCAUUAAUAUCCUUAUCCACAUCUCUUACUAAUCAAAGUGUGAACAAAAUCCCCAUGCGAACGAAAAAAAAAAAGUCAAAGUAGUCUUGCAGGCACCAAUCAGCCCAUUCAAAAAGAAAAACUUUAUUAGCUGCUGUUUACAAAUCAUAAAAUGUGAAAACUUUCCUUUCUAAUAGAUUCAGAGCAGAAAUCUCACCUACAGAGAUUACAAUCAAAAGGUGCCCCCUUUAAUGUGGCAUAUUACAUUAUAGAGAAAAUUCUUAUGUAUGAGGAAUGUCAUAUAUAAUUCAGUUUUUUUAAUUUGAGCAUUUAUUAGAUACAAUAAUAAACAAAAUAAUGAUUCAUUUAACUUUAUUACCAAUUUUUCUGUUUCUUUGGCAGUUUUUAUCAAAAGACUUUUAAUGCAAGUUACAGUUUUGCUCAGUUUUGAACACUAGUUAUGUGAAAACUCGUAACAAAGCAGGAUUAGCUUUGAAGUUUAAUGAGAAAUUAAUUGAUAUGAAUUUGUUUGGGUUUAUGUGUAACUUGAGGUGAACAAUGACUUUGUGAUUCCGAACAGAUUAGGGAAAUGAACAAGGACAGCUCAUUUAAUUUAGGUUCAAAUUAAAAAUACAGGACAAAUAGGUUCCCAGCUUUUUUAAUUAAAUUAAGUGUUUUGUAGAAGUUUGUGGUUAAUGCAACUGCAAGUCUAAAGCAAGUAAACUAAUAAGGGUCCCUCUUUACAGACAACCGUUACGCUACGCUUUUUGAUCGAUUGAUUUGAUUGAUACAUAAAAGAUAAUCAAAUAUUUUUGAUGAUUUUUAUUUCCCCUAAAUACCCUAACAGGAAAUAAAUAUUU